AUGGGCGACCACAUCCUCUUCUGCUACGGAACCUUAAUGGCACCACAAAUGCUCCACCGUGUAAUCCACGGCAGUCCCGAUCCAGAACCCUGGCAAAAAGCACUCAUCCGCUUCCAGCCCGCCCUACUCCACGGCUAUCGCCGCCAUCGAGUGCGGGGCGCAGACUAUCCAGGCAUCGUGGCCGAAAACGAGCCCGAGUCUGACUCCAAGUCCGAGGAAAGCCCCCAGGAUCAGCGCCAGAAACAGCAGUGCUGGGUGUCCUUGUAUACGUACGAGGGCAGCGAAUAUGUCAAGGAAACGGUUAACGUGGGUGCGCUGCGUGCGCAAUCGCAAGAGGGGGCUGUGGAGGGGGACGUUACUUCGGAAAUGCAGCUAAGGGAUAUGCUUGUUGCAACUGGGUCGAAUGUCGCUGACGAGGGGGAAGAGGUGGUUGCUGCUACUUAUGUGUGGGUUGCAGGGAAGGACAGACUAGAGGAGAUGGAGUGGGAUUUUGAGACGUUUCGACGGGAUAAGUUGGCGUGGUGGGUUAAGGCGAGGGAGAGUGAGUGGUAG